AUGGAGAAGCUGAAGAACCUUGUCAACCCUGGAAGCAAGAAAGACGAUGAAGUCAUGUAUGGUUCCGGACGAUCGGAUGACCCCGUUCACACUGGCGACACCAGUAUGGAAAAUACCAAUACUGGCUCCGGGCAAGGCAGCCAUUUCAGCAGCAGCCGCACCGCCGGACAUGAUCCCUUGUCCACCUCAAGCAAUCCCACUGGGACAAGCCAAUUCGAUAGUGGUACCACUGGGGGUGCCUCCCAUGGUCUCAGCGAGCCCUACGCCUCCCGUAUGCCUGGAGGGUUUGACAACGAUGACGCUGCAACAACGGCCAGCGUGAGCUCCGGUGUUCCAGGUCAAUCUCAGUCACGAUCAGCCAUGACUGGCGCCAACGACCCAACUUUUACCGACAAGCCCCUUCCCCCUGAGCCUGCUUCAGAGACAGGACUCGGACAGAGCAGUCUCACCGGUAAUAGCUACCCAGACCGUAGCAUUGGAAACAACCCCAGAUAUGGAGACCAAUCACGAUCAUCUCACCUUGGCCGCGAUGCUGCUCUUGGGGCCGGAGCCGUUGGAACCAGUACUCACCGUCACGAAGAUCCCCAGCGAGACAAUUACGCCCCGGAGACUGGCCGCUCGUUUCCCCUCGGAGGCAACUCCGCUUCCAAUGGUCAUGGCUCUACAACUGCCGGCCCACACUCGUCGAACCUUGCCAACAAAGUCGAUCCUCGUGUCGAUAGUGAUGGUUCUCGUGCCAUGGGUGAUACUGGCUAUGGGUCAACUUCCGGUGGUUAUGGCUCUGGUACUGGUGCAACACCAAGCUCAGGCAAUCAAGGCUCCCUAGGCCGUAAUACCCUCGGAGCAGAAGCAGGAGCAGGAGCAGGAGCUGUGGGAUCUGGAACGACCACAGGUAUCGGCUAUGGACCUGAAUCUUGGCAACACGAACACCAGCGUCAUGGCCACCAGUAUGAAGGCGAUCCAUGCGAAAUUGGAGAGGUCGGCGGCCAGGAAGGGCCUCACUUCGUUUCCGGACCUCACAUUACAGACACGGCAAAUCGACUUGACCCGCAUGUAGGUAGUGGUAUUGAGGGUGCAGCUACCACUGGUGACUCCAGUGGAUAUCAUCAUCACGGCCACCAUGGUCACCGUGGUGAAGAAGCUGCGUUAGUAGGUGGAGCUGGUGCUGCAGGAAUGGGGGCAUUAGAGGCAGACCGUAGUAAACAGCGCACCACGGGUAACACUACAUCUUCAGGACUUGACUCAUCGAACACUGAUCGUCACGGCCUUGAUACCACUGGAGGUGGCGCGUACGAUAAUGAACGUCAUACUGCUACAGGUGUGCCAUCUACGGGAAAGACCGCUGGCCCUCAUAAGUCCGACAUGCUGAACAAAUUGGACCCCCGCGUCGACUCCGAUUUGUCAAAGCAGCAACGUUCCCACGGCGAUGGCCACCACUACGAGCGUGAUGCGGCGUUGACAGGAGCUGGCGGUGCAGGAGUGUAUGAGGCAGAAAAGCAUCACCGUGGCAAUGAUCCUAGCCUGGCAACGUCAAGCACUACCGCAAGCAUGGGCGGAUCCCAAGGUCGCCACCACCAUGCCGGGCGCGAUGCCGCUUUGACAGGAGCUGGCGGUGCCGGACUGUAUGAGGCAGAGAAGCACUAUCGUCGCGAUGAACCCAACCUGGCAACGUCGAGCAAUACGUCCGGCAUGGGCGGUCAGAGUCUUUAUGGGUCAGGGGUUGACCCUCGCGUGGAUCCUACACGUUCUGGGAACGGGAGAGAUGAAUCUGCAGUCUCCUCAGCUGGAAGCGGCCAUCAGUCUGCUACUACCUCCGACCAUCACUACAAGAGAGAUGCUGGCCUAGCAGGUGCCGGUGGUAUUGGUGCAUACGAAGCAGAAAAGCAUUCUGGCUCUAGCAACCGUUCUGGUCUUGCAGCGACUCCGCAAGACCAAUUGGCCGGAUCAGGCCACCAACCAGCUAUAGCCACUAGGUCCUCUCCUUAUCCAACUUCUGGCUACGGUGAGGGGAGCCAGCCCCAGACAGGAAACCACACUGAACGUAAUACGUUGGCUGCAGGCGGUGUUGGGGCUGGAGCUACUGGUGGAGUAGACGAGGCACAAAAGAUGAGAGACUAUGCGCCCACUGAUCUUGGAACUCGGGUGCAAGAGCAUCAGCAUCCCGGAGCUUCGAUUGCAACCUACUCGUCUCCUGAUUAUGGCAACGAUACGGAAAAGAGACAUCACAUAGGACGUCAUACAGGCAGAGAUGCUGCUCUUGUAGGAGGUGCCGGGGCCGGGGCCGGGGCUUUGGCCGAUCACGAAUAUUCCCAUAGAGAUGUUGCUGGUUACGGUAGCGAGCCCUACCAAGAAGCCUCGCGCGGGCAUCAUAUCGGUAGAGAUACUGCAGCUGUUGGGGGCGCAGGAACCGGCACUGGUGCUUUAGCCGGUCACGAACACUCUCCGAGAGACGCCGCUGGCUACGGUACCGAGCCUUAUCAAGACACUUCGCGAGAGCAUCAUACCGGCAGAGAUGCGGCAAUUCUUGGCGGGGCUGCUGGUGCGGGUGGUCUGGCUGAGCACGAAUACUCUAAAAAAGAUGCGGAGAAGUUGCAGAAAGAGCACGCUAAAGAAGAGAAGGCUCUCGAGAAGGAGCACUCGAAAGAGGUCAAGCACCACAACAAAGAGCUCGCGAAGGAGGAGAAGGCCCAUGAAAAGGCAAUUGAGAAGUCGGAGAAGAAACACGAGAAAGCCAUGGGGAAGGAUGAGAAGAAGCAUGAUAAAGCCAUUGAAAAAGACGAGAAGAAGCAGGAGCAUGGGGAGAAGAAGCACGGUGGCCUUCUCGGGUUCCUUCAUCGUGACAAGCCCGAAAAGGAGCUCAAAGAGGAAGAAGCCCGUCGUCAAGGAGCCAUACACCCUGGCCGUGGUGAAGAGGAGAUGGCCGCUGGGGCGGGUGCGACUGGACUUGGAUCUCGUAGCGGCUACGACCCGCUUCAGGGAGAGCAUGGCAGUCAAUCGGGAGUCCACGAUACCCCUAUUGGAAUCGGAUCUGGUCCCACGACUCACGACGCCUACGGCGCUCAUGACUCGGGGCACAACAAGUUGCACAAAGACCCGCCUGCAAAGAUAGCCGAGUCUCGAGGCUUUGAGUUCCACUGA